AUGUCGUUGCCACCACCUCCAGGUCUCAAACAGCCUUCUUCACUGCCCCCACGCCCUCCGUCAGCGUUAAAUUCGUCAUUCAAGCCGGCAUAUUCGUCCGCGCCUUCUUAUUCGGCGCCGGGGACCGCUCCUAGCACUAGCAAUUAUGGAGUGAAACAUCAAACCUCGCAGGCGCCAUCGACAGCCUACAAUUCCUUUACUGCCUUCGCGCCUCGCGCAGUAGCUUCGAGCCAAUCCCCCUAUCGAACCAGUAGCCCUGUUGUUUCUGGCCCUUCACAACCAACAACAACAAUUCAACAAUCCGCAGCCGGCUAUCCCACGACGUAUCAAAAUCCCCAACAGUCAUAUCAAUCUAGAGCAGCCUCGUACUACAAUCAGUCGACUUACGGUGAUGGUAGUUAUGGCGCCUCUCAGGCUCCCCAGAUCGCGAACCCGUUUCCAUUGCCGGGUCAAGAACGCAAGAGCUACGGACGUGAUAGCGGUAUGGACCCAGAGAUGGAGGCUCAGAUUGCCCAGUGGCAGAGUGCAUACAUGACGAAGGAAAGUGAUGACAUGGCUGGUAUACAGGCAAAGCCGACCGGACGCCCUGGGACUGUGCCUCCUGUCACUAGCUCUAGUACGCCGUCAUUUAACACACCUGCUUCGAAUACACCCGUUCCGGGUAACGUUAAUGAAACUAAUUCUAAGACUGUUGUUCGAUCCGGAGGAGGCCAGACAUGGACAGACUCCACGCUUCUCGAGUGGGAUCCAGCACACUUUCGACUUUUUGUUGGCAACCUUGCGGGCGAGGUCACCGAUGAUUCGCUGAAAAAGGCGUUUUCAAAGUAUCCGUCCGUCCAAAAGGCGCGCGUCAUUCGUGACAAGCGAACAGAGAAGAGCAAAGGAUACGGGUUUGUGAGCUUCAGCGAUGGCGAUGAUUAUUUCAAGGCUGCUCGAGAGAUGCAGGGCAAAUACAUUGGUUCGCACCCGGUUCUCCUGAGACGAGCCAUGACCGAAGUUCGACCAGUGUCGGGGGAUAAGAGAGACAAGCGAGGCAAAAAGAAUGGACACGGGGGCGGUAAAGGUCCUUCACAGGGUGGAGCUGGUGGUGGGAAGCCCAAGGGGGACGGAGUGAAGAAACAGGGUUAUACUCGGGGUGGAUUGAAGAUCCUGGGUUGA